AGAUUUGACCAAGAGACACACCGUGGUUGAUAGAGUGCUCCUGAUGCAGAGUCCACUAGGCAGGAGGAGAGAAGCACGCAGUCGACGAAGGGGUCCUGCUCGUCUCAGCCAGUGUCACCGCCUUCUUUCCUUCCAGAGUGUGACUUUGUGCGAUAACCCCUCCCGCUGCCGUCGUAACCUCUCCCCGGGUCACCUUAAGUCUCCCAGGCCGAAGAGAGCUGUUCCCCGCCAUCAUGUCGGUGUCCGCGCUGACACUGGCGGUCCUCACCUCGGUGGCCGCCGUCUCCUCGCACAACGCGGGCUUCGUGAAAUCACCACUCUCUGAAACCAAGCUCACUGGAGACACCUUUGAGCUGUACUGUGACGUCGUGGGUAACCCCACCCCCGAAAUCCAGUGGUGGUACUCGGAGAUUAACCGAGCCGAUUCCUUCAGGCAGCUGUGGGACGGCGCCCGUAAGCGGCGGGUGUCCAUCAGCACGGUUUAUGGUGUCAAUGCAGUUAGCAUGCUGGGAGUCUCACAUCUGACGCUGGAGGAUAUUGGAACAUACGAGUGCAGAGCCAGUAAUGACCUGCGACGUAACGCCCUGCACCUAAAUCCCGCCAUCACCUGGAUCCGAGCGCAGGCCACAGUAACAGUGCUGCAGAAGCCAUCAAUCGCUGCUUCUGAGCACACUUCUCUUCCCGUGGAAGGCCACAGUCCUCCUUUUGCUCUUCAGUGCAACCUGACCAGCAGCGACAAUCCGCUCCUGGAGAGCUACUGGAUAAAAAAUGGGGAGGAGAUCCCAGAAACCCACAGCCCAAAUAGGAAUACCGAGUACAAGCUGAAAAAACCAAGAGGAGACGAUGCCGGUGUUUACAUGUGCGUCUUCACCUUUGAGAUGUCUCCUGCCGCCAACACCACCAUUGAAGUUAAAGCUGCUCCUGAGAUUACAGGCCACAAACGUAGUGAGAAUAGGAACGAGGGCCAGCGUGCUUUGCUCUACUGUAAAUCGGUGGGCUACCCUCAUCCCUCCUGGACCUGGCGCAAACUUGACAACGGCAUUUAUAGGGAAAUUGACAACUCAUCCGGACGCUUCUUCAUCAGCAGCAAAGACAACUACACCGAGCUCAGCAUCGUCAGCCUGGACAUGAACUUGGACCCGGGGGAGUACCAGUGCAAUGCCACCAACUUGAUUGGCAGCAGCGACGAGAGCUCCAUGCUUAGAGUCCGCAGCCAUUUGGCGCCCUUGUGGCCUCUUUUGGGGGUUUUGGCCGAGAUCAUCAUCCUGGUGGUCAUCAUCGUUGUUUACGAAAAGCGCAAGAAGCCUGAGGAUUUACAAGACGAUGAUGACCCAGUUGGACCAGUGAAAACCAAUUCAACGAACAACCACAAAGACAAGAACCUGCGCCAGAGGAAUACAAAUUAAGCUGCCCGUCUGCAGAGUUACUUUAUGCUUACACACGCAUUGACCAGGUGAAGGUAAACUACAAUGGAGUCCAAAGCAGUCGCUAUAAUGGAACUGCCAUUCAAAGAAUUAAAAUGCAGCAUGCCUUAUGAUUUUAUGGUGUGAGUGUGAAAUGCUCUAAUCAAUAUGUGAUUGUUAACUUAAAACCAUCGUGACUGCAUGACGUGUUUGCUCCCUCUAUUGUUUGCUACUUUUACACUUCAAGCACUGCUCAAACUAUGGCAUGCAAGAUACUGACCCUCUGUUUGAGACAGCAUCCUUUUGUCUUCUUCUCUCAGAGUGGCUUCAUGUAGAAUAAUCAGGGGUGCCCAUUAGGUUGAUCCCCAGCUACUCUUGUGUAAUGUUCAUAUUGUUGUUACUCAGCCAGCGUUUGUGGGUCUGAUGAACCCAUUUCACUUUUAUUGCCCCACAAUCAAACACUUUUAUGUUAAAGUACUCAACAGAUGUUUACCUUAUCCCAAUAAACAUCUGUUCAGUGUUUUAACAUAAAACCAUCAGAGGGUCAAAUGUGCGAGAAAAUGAGAGCACACAGUGUUGACAAACAAUGUCGCAACCUUGUGUGGGAACCGCAGGUGCAGAAACACAAAAGAAGAAUCCCUGUGGGAUGCAGAAACUGGCAGAGGGAUUUUCUGUGCAACGUUCAUAUUGUUGUUACUCAGCCAGCGUUUGUGGGUCUGAUGGACCUGUUGCAUUUUGUGGCUUUUAAUGCCUCACAAUCAAACACUUUUAUGUUAAAACACUGAACAGAUGUUUACCCUAUCCCAAUAAACAUCUGUUCAGCGUUUUAACAUAAAACACAAGGUUGCAACAUUGUUUGUCAACACUGUCUGCUCUCAUUUUCUCACACAUUUGACCCUCUGAAGUUGUAUGUGUGUGUGUGUGUGCGUGCAUGUGUGUGUGUGUGCGCGCGUGUGCUACACAGAACAUCAAUAUCCACACUUCUAGCGGACAUCUAAUAUGUAAUAGGAAUGUGUAGGGUGGCUAUAUGGUGUGUGGUCAUUAAAUAUGUAUUCUGACAUAUGUUCUUUUCAGAAAAUGAGCCAAAGUCAGCGAGUCUUAGUUUGAAAAAUUAAUUGUAUCAUUUUUCUUUUAAGAAAAAAUGCAAACGGCUCCCACAGACCCCAACACCACACAAAAGUUAGACCUACAGGCGAGAAACACUUUUUAUUUCAGCACUCUCGCGCCGUACCUGCCGUCAAAACUCUAAAGGCCGACUGCACAAUUCCUGUCUUCACAAUAAAAGUGCUGCUUCAUUCGCUAACAAAAUAAGAGUCUCAUAAAGCUAGCAAGCUACAGAGUUUGCCGCCAAUGUAGUUCUUGUAAAGUGUUUAAAAGGGAGUAUGGAAGCUGGACAAAUAAGAUGGCAAAAAGCACUUCAAUGUGCUAUUUGACAGAAAGGAGGGCUUUUUUUUCUCCUCCAUUUGAAAAUGUGGACAUUAUCAUCACUUCUGUCUGAUUCCAAUCAAUGCAAGUCAUCACAAUCAUGCCAACUUAUAUUCUUGUCUUCAUGAAAGGAACAUGCUUGGGUUAUCAUUGAACACCUUUAACUUUUUAACAAAAACCUAUCUUUAAUAAAUAAAUAGGUGGAAGUUUCCUCCUCGUAGGUUUGGUAGAUGGCACACGUCAGCUGGAGACUGUUGUUCUGGUUUAAGAAAGGUUUUAUUUGUCCACAAUAUUCACAUGAUACUGGAUUUUCCAGUCCUCCUCUCCCCGUUAAAGACUGCAGAUGAUCAGAUGUAACACGUACCGCCUGUGAAAUCUAAUCACCUGCCAGCUGUGUCUCGCCGUCUGAUGGUGGUGCUCGUCCUCCGCACCAUAGACAGAGGCGAUGACCUUUGCUCCUGCAGGCGCGCUGGCCACACCUCCCUCCACAAAAUAUGAGGUAGAUCCCCUCCACUUGGUCAGUUGAGAAGUAGCUGGUGUGGGCACCCCUGAUGUAGAUCAUCUUUAUAGUAAGUUUUCAGAAAACGAAACGUCUCUGCAGUGUAGAAAACGGAGCGAUGGUCCGAUGAGGCAGUUUUGUACGAUUUUAUUACUCUCCUACAUAUCAUGACUUAAGAAUCAUCAUUGUGAUAUGAAUAUUACAUUUCAAGGGCUUUGCAAUGUCCCUCUAAGCCUAAUAAGGUUCAAUUGAUGUACUGUAUGUAUGAAGUCAUGAUAGUAUUGAUAUAAAUAGAAUAAUGCACUUCAAUGUUGACUAAUUGUAUAAAGUAUGAAAUAAGUUCCAAUCAUUGUAUGUACAGCAUGGCUCUUAUCCUAUGCAACUACUAUCAAUAUAUUGACUAAGCAGCUUUUCAUUUUUCUGUGACAGCUUUAAGGAAUAUUAGAUGUUAUAACAUCACACAGCUGCAUGGUUUGUGUACAGUGGAUGUGGAAGGGACUUGAUCAGCCUGCGACACAAAACUACCACCCAUUUUUACCAAUAAACAUUUCAAAACAA